AAAAGAUUUAACGAAAUUGCAACAGCUUCUGCUCGUCGAGAAUUGCCAAAUUUUCCAAGUGAUUUCGCAAAGAUUGGCGGACAAAAAACGAGCUAAAUAGGCGGCUAGGCAUUGAAAGAGUCUAAGAUCCUUUCAUUGUCGGGCGUAUUUAGCACGUUUUUUGCGGAAAGCACUUUGCCACAAGUGGCGGAAGAUUAACCAAUUUCGUGAUGAGUUGUGCAACACCCCGAUGUCGACCGCGUUGCGGACCCUGCGGACCAUGUGGACCUUGCGGACCCUGCGGGCCCUGCGGACCUUGCGGACCCUGCGGACCCUGCGGAUCAUGCGGACCAUGUGGAUCUUGUGGACCCUGCGGAUCAUGCGGACCAUGUGGCAGUGGCGGCUGUGGAGGCUGUGGGCCCUGUUGUGGCGGCUGCGGACCCUGCGGCGGGUCCUGUGGCAGCUGUUGUGGACCGUGCGGCUCCGGGCCGUGUGCCGUUGUAUCGUACCGCCUUAGUUGCGGGCCGGUGGGCCCGGUCCUGCCCUGUAUGAAGUGCACCUGCAGCUCAUGCUGCCCCAGCAACUGUGCCCCUCCCUUCUACUUCGUGCCCAACAAGUGCCGCAACUGCUACGAGUGGGGCUGCUUCGGACCGCUGUAUUAGUGUGCUUGCUGUUGUUGCACUUUUGAUGGAACUUUUGCUAUUUUUAAUGCAAUAAAUUUACGUGUCAGCCAAAGUUACAUAUUCCCUCC